AUGAAGGCCGAGGCCAGUUGCAAGGUGUGUUACGCGGACUCGACGGAAAAACAUUUUGGAGUCCAGACUUGUCGACCCUGUAAGUAGAGUUAUCAUCAAGUCCAUACCCCAUGGAAAAUAUAGAAGUAUUUUCUAUGGGGUAUGGAGUUACAGGUCGAAAGAUAUAUCAAAAAAAAUGUAAAAUUUUUCUGAUUCAGAAUAUGUAAAAAUUAUCUGCCCAAUUUUGGUUUGUAAGGGUGAAAAAGCCCUCAGAACUUUUCUCGCAAAACCACGUAAAAGCCUUUUUUUACAUUUUGAGGCUUGUGAAGGUGCUAGUUUUUACUUUAGCCUUUUUUUACAUUGAAACUAGUACAGGGUGGUUCAGCUAAGUUCGCGGAUGUAAAAUGCUUAUAACUUUUUAUAGGAUUGUUCAAUUUUUAUGAGCAAUAGCUCAUUUUAUUUCUUAGUAGUUGCCAUUUUGUUCAAAAAAAAAAGAUCAUUAAAAAUGAUCAAUCCUACGUCGAGUUAUGACCCUUCAAAGUCAAACAUGUGUGCCCUUUUGACGAAACUUUUACCAAUUCAAAAGUUUUGUUUUGGGCGAAAAAUUAAACUCUGGCAUCUUGACAAGCCUUAAAAUAUCAAAUUUGAUUAUUACUACACAUAGCAAUUCCAAUGUAAAAAAGAGGCAUUUGCGUGGUGUUGCAAGAAAAGUCCUGAGGGUUUUUUUCGCUCUUACAGACUAAAAUUUUUACAUAUUCUUAAUCAGAGAUCGCCACGGUCAAAAUUUUGGCUCCGGCUCCGGCUCUUAGCUCCCAGAGCCGGAGCCGAGGCCAAAUUUGCAGCUCAGGCUCCCGGUUCCGUGCAAAAUUUAAAAAAGGUCUCCGGCUCCGAAUCCCGGCUCCUGCGCAAAAUUUUUUUGAAACAUUUUUUUCAAUAGUAAGACUUCUUAGUGCCAGAGAUCGUGCAGCCAACGUUUUUGCAGCCAAAGUCGUAUGCAACACACCCUUCCCAGUAUUUUUCAAACAAUUUGGUUUAACAAGAUCAUGAAAUUUUUACUUUUUUGAACGCUGAGAUGCCUGGCUCCGACUUUGGGCUCGGGAGCCGGAGCCGCACCCAAAAUGUCCGGCUCCGGCUCUGGCUCCCGGCUCGGAGCCGGAGCCGUGGCAAUCUCUGGUUCCAAUGUAAAGAAGAGGUAUUUGCGUGGUGUUGCAAGAAAAGUCCUGAGGGUUUUUACGAUAAAAGCACUUUCCUUCUCAGAUAGCGAAAAAUCUCCGUACAACAACCAGGACGUUGUACAACGGCGAAAUCUUUGUAUUUGGAUUUACAUUUUUUCAAUGCUUGUGUGUUUUCAGGCGCCGCAUUCUUUCGACGCUCUUGCAUACAGAAGAGGAAGUACAAAUGCAAUCAGAAAGAGGAUUGUCAUAUUAACCAGAGUAAGUCGACCUUCUUUGUUUCUCUUUUUCAAUAUUUAGAAAGAGCCACAAAAUUGUAGCAUGUCUGUAAAAGGGGGGAAAUGCAAUUCUCCGAUCUUUUGAUGAGAAUCGGACCAAGCUUACCGGCGAAAUGAGACAAAUACGACGCUCAGAUUUUGACAAAACUUGGCGCAAAUUUUGAGUCAUUAUUUUUAAAAUAUAGGCGAGAUUUCUGGCUCACUGACCAAGAUUUUUUGGUUAAAAGUUGAAAAAAAUUGCCACAUUAUAUUUGAAAAUUUUGUUAUGAAAAGUUUCGUAUCUAUUUCUACCGUAGAGAGAGUAAUGUUUCCACAAAAAAUCAUUUUUUCCGCACGAAACUGGCAAAGAUACCGCCAAAAAAAGAAUAUUUUAAGAUUGAAAAAAUAAACAAGUAUUAUGACGUCAUUUUCAGCGAUCCGAAUCCUAUGCCCUGCCUGUCGCUACAAAAAAUGUUUCGAGGUUGGGAUGCGAAAAGACAGUAAGUAUUUCAACCCUCAGUUUGCACAGCCAAAGUACUAUCAGUCUGUCGGGAAAAUAGUGAGCUCUCUGUCGCUUCGCAUCGCUGAAUUGAAAAGCAAUUUAUAAUAAUUUUGCCGCAACACAAUUCAUUUUCUCGGCGGCGAUUCGAUUUUCGAACCGACAGAGUGUUCAUUAUUUUCCCGACAGUCUUGUAGCCAACUCCCAUCAACUGUUAUUGAAAUUAGAAUACAAAUACUGAAAAUUCCUCUUCCUCGCAGCCCCGAGUUCUGCUCAGACGGCUACAGUGGCGGAUCUGAUCCAGUGGCAAAAAAGUACCAUUUUGCAUCCGGGGAGUAUCAGAAAUGUGGCAAAAUACCUCCCUCUCCAAGUGAGAAAACUCCGAUUUCAAAAGCGCGCCCGCUCUUUUUGUGAGGGAAAAUAGUCCUUAGCAAAUCGACUUGAAGAUUUCCUUAUUUUAACCGGAUUUGGGGUCAUACCGGUCAGAUUGGUCGAACGACCGGUCACACCGGUCAACUUGAUCUUUUCUGGCUUCAAAUCCAACAAAAAAAGUGUCACAUUUUUGCCAACUUUUGAGCUAAAAAUCUCAUUUCUGCUAAGCGCAAGCUAAUAAUAUGCGGACCUGAUCCAGUGGCAAAAAACGGGUCAUUUUGCAUCCGGGAAGUAUCAGAAAUGUGGCAAAAUACCUCCCUCUCCAAGUGAGAAAACUCCGAGUUCAAAAUCGCACCCGCUCUUUUUGUGAGGGAAAAUAGUCCGUUCGUGAAGCCGCUAGAGUGAUUUUUGGCAUUUUCACUGUGAAGAAAUAGACAGGGUGCCAGCGACAGCUCAAAAAAGUUACUGUAACAUAAUAGAAGACCAAAAUUUGGGGCAAAAAACAAAGAUCCAUAACUUUUAAAUACCUUGUUUUUAUUGAUGUGAGUACAUGUAAAAUACCUCAAAAUAGGUGGUCAGCUACCGUAGAACCCGAUCAAUCUUAUUAUUUCUACUAAAUAGGCCUUCUCCAAGCCUCCCAAUGCUUACAACGACGAACCGAGGCGAUCUGUAGUAUCGUUGACCCGAUGCGAAUGACAGCCCAAAAAAGCCUAUAGCACGGUUAAAAAAAACUUCUUUUUUUUCAUACAUUUCUUGUCGCAAAAUCACUCCAGCGACUGCGAAGCUGGUACAUGUAAAAAUCCUCAUAGAGGGCUUACUUAUUCAGGCCAAACUUAAUCUUUUACCCCUCAUAUUUUCUUCAGAAAUCCGAGUGAAUUUCGACAAGACGGGGCCCAAAAAGCGAGCCCCAAAACUCGAGGACUCCCCGCCCUCCACUUCGACGGCACCUCAGACGGUCCUGGAGAAGCUGACCGCCGGCUACAAGACGUAUUUGUACGAUACGAAGAAUCUGUUUUAUGCCUUCAAUCCGAAUCAAAUCUUCUUCAAAGACAUUGCCUUCCGGAAGGGCACACUCCUCGAAUUUUUUCAAUUCGAACGCGCUCAACAAGUCUACGUGUACCGCAUGAUGGAGAAUCAUUAUUCGGCGUUCAAUCAGCUCAGCGAUGAUGAUAGAGUGGGUUUGUUUUUGCGAUUUUUUGAGGGAAAAAGUGAGAAAAAUCAAAAAAAAAAUCGAAAUUUGGUCGAGAAAGUGGCCAAAAAAGGGAGUUAUCUACUGGAAAUUGUUAAAUUUUUGUCACAUUUUUUCUUGUCAUCUAUUCAAGGAAGAUAUAGCUUGAAGAUAAAGACAAUUUAAGCCAGUUUUUUGCGAUUUUUUGAGGGAAAAAGUGAGAAAAAUCAAAAAAAAAAACUUCUAGUUUUGGUCAAAAAUUUUCAAAAGCGGAAUUAUCAACUCGCAGUAAUCCAAUUACCAUAGUGUUUUUCCACAACCUUCUAUAUCCUCCGUUUUGCAAGCCCUGAAAAUUUCAGCUUUCGCUUUGCAGCCGCAGCCAAAAUAUCAAACGAUCUUUUAGAGAGCAUGCGAAACGCGGAGAACUAGAGAGAAAAAACAAUUUUUGGCCGUAUCUUAGCCAGUUUCGUGCGGAAAAAAUUGAUUUUUUGUGGAAACAUUAAUCUCUACGGUAGAAAUAGGUACAAAACUUUUAAUGCGAAAAUUUUCAAAAAAAGUGUCGCAUUUUUUCCAAUCUUCAACCUACGUGUUCUAGCGGUUUUUGGAGUCUCCACAGCUUCAUUUUAAUACAAAGGUUCGUAAAUUUUGUAGUGUAUUGAGAAGUGUAGAAUUUGUGACAUGACGAAACAUGUCCCACACUACGGAUUUUUUCCAUUUGCUCACAAGACAGCUGAGAUUUUCGAAGCUUUGCACACAUGUCAGGCAACCAACAUUCCCGGUUAAAACUACAAUUUUUCUAUCGGAAUCUACGUACAGUGAGAUACAUGAUCCAGUAGCAAAAAACGUAUCAUUUUGCAUCCGGGAAGUAUCCAAAAGUGUGGCAAAAUGCCUCCCUCUCUAACUAAAAAAACUCCGUUUUAAACUGCCAGUUUAGUGCGGAAAAAUCGAUUUUUUGUGGAAACAUUAUCGUAUACGGUAGAAAUAGAUACAAAAAUUUUCAUGACAUAAUUCGCAAAGAAAAAUGUCGAAUUUUCUCCAAUUUUGACCCAAAAAUCUCGAUUGUUUCUGCAAAGCGCGAUCCAUCAUUUCUUUUCAUUUUUCUCUCAUAAAAAAUUACACUCUAAGCACUUUGUAUUGACAUACUGGACACUCAAUUUCGUUGUUUUAAAACUCCAUUUCAGGUCAAAGUAUUCGAAGGGUUCUUUCAUCAGUUCACAAGUCUCAACGAAUUCUACCUCAACCGCUUGUAUUUCCCGGAUGAAAACCGGAAAAUGCUGCUCAAUUACGGUGCCUACAUUGAUCUCGAUGACAUGAACUAUUUCUACUCCAGCGAAAGGGACACGGCCAAUUCGACGAGGUAGGAGCGGACUUUCGGACCUCUCCAGAACCUUAAUUUUUCGGGAAAUGUUGUGGAAGGGGUUGUAGGAUAUGAGCAGCAAAUUUGAAAAAAAAGAUCACUGACUAACGGCGUUAAAAUUUCAGGCUGCUCACUACAUAUCGCACCAAGCUUUUCAAAAUCGCCGACAAAGUUCGGCGGGUCAAAGUCGAUGAAACCGAAGUGGCGGCGUUGGCCGGGAUGAUCUAUUGGAGGGAAGGUAAGCUCAAAUAUUGCAUGACUAUUACUCAAAUUCUCCUUUUUGCCAGUAGUUGAGGAGUCACUUUUUAUCGUCUCCAAAUGGAAGUGAAUUUCUUUUACAGGGUCCGGAAUUUUUGUGGCCCAAUUUGAAUUGGCUAUAACUUUUUCAUUUUUUGGCCAAAUAUGAAAAUUCUUUUUUUGUCUGAAUCCUUAGGACCUCAAUUUUCGUUUGCUACCAAAAAUUUUUUAGAAGCCCCGAAAUUCCCUCAUCCUUAUGAUGAAAAGCAAAAAAUCUCGAACAGCGGUUAUAUCUCGAAAACGAGCGUAGAUAGAUGCGGCAAACUUGGUUAUAAUAGCCGUAGAAUGACGCGUAAAGUAGAAUGAACUCAAAAAAACCGAAAAAAUCACGUCCUAACAAGGGCUCGGCAAAACCUCGUCCCCUGGUUUUUUCUUGAAACAUAUACCAUUUGAAAGAGCGUAAAAAACUGGUCUAGAAGCAACUUUUAUUAGCUGCUAUUAUCCACUUACGCGCUGGCUAGCGAGAAUUUUUUAGUUCUAGGCUAGUCUCACCCUGCUUUUAAGAAAACAAACGCGAUCGGUUUCAAAAGCAAACCGAAGCAGUGCUUCGGUGGCCUAGUGGGGAAAGGCGCUGCUCAAGGACCUGCGAAGCGGGUUCGAAUCCUCUUUUGAAUUUUUUUAUUUUUCUGGCUAGUAUGGAACAAAUAGAGUCAGAAAGUUAUAUUUAAUUUUUGACUAGACUUUUGUGUAUACUCAGCACCAUUUAAAAAAAAAAAAACUACAACUUUUUCGUUUUUCUUUUAUUUUAGCCUCUUUGACCUUGUAGUGGGACAUCCUGGGUGGUUGAAACUUUCGAAGGCUUUCAUAUUUUUACUAGGAAAUUUUACUAACGGAAAGUACGUAAAAAUUGAGUCUGAAAACAUCUUACAUGCUUGGAACAUCUUCGUUUGUCUUGAGUUACAGGACCUAAAACAUCGCGCAAUCACUCAUUGAGUACAUCAACCUGAAUGUCUCAAACUCAGAAAACCUUUUGUAUUUUUUGACAUGGGUUGAAGCGUUCAACCUCAUUAAUGACUAAUAUUUAUAUGAAAAGUGAUUAUUCGAUCUCGUUCACGUCUCAGAAGCAAAAAGUUCCAAAAUUCAACUUGGAAAUUUUAAAAAAUGCCCGCUAGCCAGCCCGUAAGUGGAUAAUAGCAGCUAAUUCAAGGUGAUCCUAGACCAGUUUUUCACGCUCUUUCGAAUGGUAUAUGUUUCAAGAUAAAACCAGGGGACGAGGUUUUGCCGAGCCCUUGUAAGGGGUGAAAAACCGCUAGCAAAGAGACGAUUCCGGUCAACGGACUCGUCAGUUUGACGUUCGCCACUAUUUUUUUUGACAGUCUGAUAAAAAUACUACAGUGGGGGAACCUGUUCUAGUGGCGAAAACCGUACCAUUUUGCAUCCAAGAAGUAUCAAAAAUGUGGCAAAAUGCUUCCCUCUCCAAGUGAAAAAACUUCGUUUUGAAGGGCGCGCCCUUUCCCUCACAAAAAGAACUUUUGAAAUCUGAGUUUUUUCACUUGGAGAGGGAGGUAUUUUGCCACAUUUUUUGAUGCUUCCCGAAUACGAAAUGAUACGUUUUUGCCACUGGAUCAGGUCCUCAUACUGUAUUAUAAUUUUACCCCCUUUUUCGACUCUCAUCACAUCCACAUUCCCCUCUAAUGUCUUUCCAAAUUCCAGUCAAAUGUCAACUCGACCCCAAGCCCGAUCCCAACGACAACCUUCUCAACCAAAUCCUCGCCGAUCUCUCCGCCUACAUCGCGGCGCGAGUCGGCUCUCAACGAGCGCCACAACGCCUCGGCGUGAUCCUGAGCCUGCUUCGGGACCUCAAAGAGGCCGUCUUGAUACUGCGUGAGUCCCAAGUUGUCGCAAUGAUUACAAACGAUUAUCUUCAAGGCGCUUCCCCGCAGGACCUCAGUUCCAUCGUCAAGGAGGAAGAGCCGGAAAUCACGGUCUUGGAGGAGCUUUAA